AAGAGAAGAGAAGAGUAGAGUAGAGUAGAGUAGAGUAGAGUAGCGGCGCCCUGUUUCUACUCGAUGCAACCCGGGGAUCAGUGAAAUCAGAUUAUGAACCGAUUAACAUAUUAGAUAAAUAUACAGUUUGUUUAAAACAGCGGUUGUUUCCAACAUAUGAACAGAUCGAGAUAUCAGAUGACACAUGUAUUACCUUUACCUAAUGAAACAGUACAUUUUCUGUUGAGAUUAUUAGUUCGGAAUAGAGUUUGUAUCAGAUAACACCUUCGAUUUAGUAAAUAAACAACGCACUUUAGUAACUUUUAUUACCGUGUCUAUUAUCGAUGUGAUCUGAUCAAAUGGUUCUUUUGUGGAGUGGAAGAUGUUUUUCAAAGUGGAGUCUGGCUUGACUGCGGUUCAGAUUCAGAGUUUCAGCACAAGAAGGAAUUCAGAGAGAUGGAUGAGUUAUUGGGGAAGUUUCUGGAAGAUCAGAAAACAAAGAUAGCAGAGGAGAAGGCAUGUCUGGAACAGGGGCCCCCUUACAUGGAGAUGAGGAGGCGGACAGGCCACGUUCUCCAGAAAGAGGACAUCCCUCUACGCACAAGUCGGCAAGAUGGUGUGAGUCUGCCACUCGGAGAGGAAUAUGAGAGAAAGAAACACAAACUGCAAGAAGAACUCAGGAAUGAUUACAGGAAAUACAUGGCAGGGAAAGAUCACUGGGAUACUGGUGACAUUCACACCGUUCCAGAGAGAAGACGAAUACCCAGGACGGUCCGUGUGAGGGAUGUGGCCACCCUUACAGAGGUGUGUGGGCUGGGAUGGGGCGUGUGUAGCUCUGAGGAAGACUGCAGUGAUGAAGAACUCAUGCUUUUGCAAGGGAGGCGACAUCAGAGAGAGAGAGACACCAGGACGGCAAACAGAAGAGGGGAAUUGUACACAGAGACAGGACAUCACAGGAGCAAACUACAGCACAGAAACAGAAUGUCAACAUCCAUUGCGACCCAAGCCAAUGAAAGAUCUCUAUCUGUGGCCAGUCAGGACACAGUUUGCACCACUGGACUUUUAAUAGGUGCAGUGGAUCUGGAGGCAGCACUGCAGAGGAAAAAGGAAUGUUAUAGGUGUGAACUACAGGAACAAAUCGCAGAGAAACAGAGUCACAGGAGGAGUUUAAAUCCAUUUAGCAUAAUAUUCCUACUGGUGCUACGUCAUUACUCUGUGUUUGUUUCCACAGAUUACCCAAUAACGGGAGUUUCUUUUUCAACAUCAUCAGGAGAGCCACACCCACUCAGUCCGCACAGUAGAAGCACUCACAGACAGAGGAUUGUGGGUGAGAAUGAAGUUGUGAGUUCAGGUCUUUUAGUGUUUCCUGCACAUCACGCAAAGAUGGACAGACUCAGCUAUAAAGAGGAGCUCAGAAAGCAGAUAGAGGAGCGGGCCACACAGAGGAGGGUGGACAGAGAGGACAAGCGAAGACUGGAGGCUGAACUUGAAGCCGAUAUGAGAGCAUAUGAACCCUGGGGAAGAGGCGGAGCUGGUGCACCACUCAGAGACAGCACUGGAAAUCUAAUUACUGAUCUGAAGAUGCAUCUUUUGAAUGCAGCAGCUGCAGCACCACCACAAAGGUUGGAGAGGCCAGGUUUUGUUGAGACACACACUCCACAGAUUGCAAGAGGGAAUGUGUUUAAUCAGAUGCUGUCACCCCAGCAACUACUGGAGCAAGACCAAUACAAAGCUUAUCUGAGACUCCAGAUAGAAGAUAAGCAAAGGAAGCAGGCGGAGGAGAGAGAGUGGAUGAGGGCAGAGGAGGAGAGGGAGGACAGGCGACUGGCAGAACAGAGAGAGAAAAUCAGGAGAGAGUAUGAAGAGGAGCAGGAGAGCAGAAAACGCAGAGAGAUGGAGCAAAAACUGAAGAAUGAAGAACUCGCUCGUCUUGUGGAGGAGAGACGGAGGGAUGCAGAAAAAAAGAAAGAAGAAGAGAAAGAGAGAGCAGCUGUAAGAGAACAGGAAGAGCAAGAAAGACAAAUACGACUGCAACAGGUUCAACGUGCACCAUCCCCUCCUAUCCCUACCCUACAGAAGAAAUACCGCAACCCUUCAAAGGCUACGGAUUUCUCUGCGUUUCGGGCUCUUCUAUCUCCAGAAAACGGAAACAACCAGAGAACAGAGAAGUACAGAAGUGAGGUUGUAAAUGAGCUGUAUGCGUUAAGAAGAUGUCUGCGCAGUGAACAGCGGCAUCUGGAGGAGCAGCUCUUGCAGACGGAGUGGGAUCAUCUCCCCUCCCCCCUCACUGACAGGCACAGGACGGAUGUGUUUGACAUGGCUCAUUUGCGUAUGCCUGUGCGAGGCCCCUCCGCCCGUGGCACUGAGCCAAUCAGCUCAAAGAGAGCUGAUGACAUCAUGUACAGGGAUGCCUUUAUGCCUGGAACACGGCAGUCUAGGAACAGAGAUGUUGAGGGCGGACGAGGAUCUGUGCUUCUGUCAGAAAGUGAAUUUAUUGAUCAGAAUGGACUUGCUUUCCCAGUUCCUCCAGACAGUGAGAGGAAAUCUGCUAUGCUGUCUGCACGAGAGCGACGCAGACUGGCAAACCUUCGGUCUGCAGAGGGGAAGCCAGUGCAGCUGCAGUCCUUCAAUAUGAGGAAGCUCAGAGACACAAACACUCCCAGGAUGAAGAGACUACAAGCCUUCAGCCAUCACAACACCACAGCAGGAGUCUGCUCUGAUGACGAUGAUGAAGCAAGUCGUGGUGAUGAGCAUUUUACCCUGCAGUCUCCUGGCAGGCCCAGCUCCAUUGAUACUGCCACUACCGAGCCCUGGAUUCGAGCAGAGACAUCAGACACGCUCAGAAGGCUGAUGUCUGGCUCUGAACUUUAAGACGGGCCAUAAUAUACAUGACCGCACAUGCUCAGAGUGUGUGAGCACUUUAUUGCAAUGCAGUAUAUAUAUGAUAUUUUAUGUAGUCUUCAGAUCUCUUAAAUAAAAGACUGAUCAGCGGAAUCUCUACAAGAUCAACUGCUUUAACUGCAUCACAAAAUCUCUUCUGUGAACUGAUUUGUGGAUCCAUGAUAUCAAGUAGUUACUUUUAACAAAAUACAGAGGGAAUGAUACAUUUCUAAUCUUUCUG